UUAUCAAAAGUUGCUAAACAGAAGUAAAAAUAUUCCUUCAACACUCAGUACAUUAUUCACCUAGAAAGCAAAUUCUCUUCUCCCCUCCAUGAAAUAGCGUAUAGUUUUGCUACCUGUAACUUUUCUUGUCGGCUUCGUCAGUCUGUUGCGUGUCGUUAGUGAGGUCGUUUAAUUGAAUGGUGAUUACGAUACGCGCGUGUGCGAGGAUGAUUCAUUUUGAUCGUGUGACUAAUCUUCAACUUAAGUGAUUUACAUGAGUGCUUUAUAAGUGAGAUGAUCACGAUGCGAUCAACUUCUAACAAAACCGCCAAACCUCCACCCCCUAUUCCUCCACGGCCCAGCAAAGCUCUUGUUGCGGAGUCUUUGGCGAAACUUCGGAGGUCUCCAGAACAUAAUCGCAACGUGAAUAAUGACGAUAAUGGACUAUCACCGACGCGAAUUGCACCUCCACCACCCCAAUAUGACCUUUCUCAAAACGAAGUGUUUAUACCUGUCACUAAAUCGCAGUCACAUUCAACCGUUAAUUUAAUUAACGACCAUUCGCGAAUACAUAAAAUUCAAAGAUCUGCGUCUAUUACGGAAGAGGAUCAUAAAAUUAAUACGCGAACGGUAAUUUUUCAAUCGCCUAAUAUCAAAACUUCUAGAUUAGAAUUAAAACUAAAGCGCACAGAAUCCGAUCGAAAGCAAGGGAUCGAAAAUGAAAAUAAAACAAUUAGUUUAUCAAAUUCCAUGGACGAUUUAAACGUUACCACGAAAUCUGAUGCGGCAGAUGUAGCCUUAAUUGAAGGCGGCAGCAGCCCCAUUCAUAACACAAACGGCGAUGAUACAAAAAUAGACGAAUGGAACGAAUUACUAAACGGAAAAAAUCACGUUAACACUUUAAUUGAUGAAAUGUUCGCGAGUAUUUUAGACCCCCCACAAGAAACAAUAACGGAAGCGCUAUACGAAAAUACACAAACGCUUCAUACUACACCUGUCGAUGCAACAAAAAUUGUUAUAAAAAACGAGAUUAACGGUCACCGCGAUGAAAUUCCAACCGCGACAUCCACACCGAACCCGGAAAUAUCCCCACAUCCAACUACGGUACUUAUUUCGGACCCAUUCGAAAACGAAAUUGCUAACGAGGAAGGUGAAAAAACAGUCACGAAUAAUCGAAGUGAAACUCGGAAAAAAAAUUCCCACGUGAAAUUCGACGAUAAAAAAAAUCACGAAUUGUUAAUAACGGAAUUGCAGAACAUGCGCAUGGAACAAGAGCGAAUUUUGAAACGCCAAAGAAGUUCGCCCCAAGAGCUUUACGACGAAAUCGACGACGGCUCUCCGAAAAUACAACAUUCGGAUUGGGUCGAAGUGAACAACGGCCAGGAGAUACGUCUCUCCAGUUGUCAAAUCAUCAUCGAAGAUGGUGUCAACAGUACUAUAACGGAUCCUGUUAUUUCCAGAUUAAACAUGUCCUCGCUUCAUGGGCUUCCUCCGCUUCCCAAAAGUCUCAGCGGAUUUAGUCUCAUUGAAAAUCAGCGGAAUAACCAAACUCCCAGCCGAUCGAGGGGCUCGAAUACUCCAGUCGGUUUUAUUUCUGGUCAAGUGGUUUAUCCUCCCCAUCCGAGAGCCGUUAACGGAACGACCGAGGGAAGGAAACCUACAAAUCUCGACAACCAACUCGCUAUCCUGAGGCGCGAAAUGGUAAGUUUUACUGCAUUGUUAUUUAUGCAAAUCUGGGAGACUCUUCGAUUUGACAUCCAGUUUUGUAAUGAUUCUCAUUUCACUUUGUGA